AUGUAAGAAAAAAUGCUAGUUGGUAAUAUGGGACUUAAGCUAUUGACAGAAGGGAAUCAAACAGAAGGAAUCCCUUUUCGAUAACAAAUCUAAGUUUAAUCUUCAGGAGGAGAAUCAAUCAUGAUGUAUUAAAAGAUACUCAAUCAGAAAUAAGAACGUAAAACUCAUUAUGUCAAACAAUUUUGCAAUAAUCUCAAAUCAUAAUCAAAUAGAUUAGGACUUAUUCCUGAAGAAUAAUUAUCAUGUAUUGGUGAUAAAACCUCAUAUCGUAGUUCUAAUACAUUCAAUAUAAGACUCAUGCAUAAAAACUUUUCAUUGUAAUUAGAAUUGAAGUUUUUUGAGAAGAUUAAACAAUUUUUUUCAAAAUAUUUGAACAUGUUAAUUUCAAGUCUAAAACGAAUAGAGUUAUUUCAACCAGAAUCUACUAUAAAGUUAAUUUGGGAUUCAGCUUCAUUGGUUUCAAGAUUAUAUUUUUUAUUUUUAAUUCCCUUAGAUAUUGCAUGGAGUAAAUAUUCAUUUAUGUUUGACAUGUAUAAUUUAACAUCCUUUAUAUUUUAAAUGGUUCUUCUUGGAGAUUUAAUAGUUGGUUUAAAUACUGCAUUCUAUAAAUAAGGAUAAUUAGUAACAGAUAGAAAAUAAAUUGUUUAUCAUAACUUUUUAAAAUGUUUUGGUUUAGAAUGGACUUCAGCAAUUUAAUUACUGGUCUAUUAGAUACUAACUCAGGAUCCAAUUAUAACAUAGUAAAUCAAAGAUUAUAAAAUAUAUCUUACUUUAGUGACCUUUUUAGUUCAUUAUAGUACUAUACAAGAAUGUUUAGAAUAUUAUGAAGAAGGAUUGAAUCUUAGUAAAAAGGCCUCAUCCAUUAUAGAACUUAUUAAACUGAUUGCAGUGUUAUUUUUUAUAAUACAUAUGUUCUCAUGCUUUUGGUUUUGGGUAAAACAAUUAUUCAUUCUAGGUUGGUGAUUAUAGUCAUAACAAUUACGGAGUCAGUUGGUUAGAGAAUAUUGUUGAUUAAGAAUGGGAAAUAUAAUAUUUAUCAUCAGUAUAUUAUUCAACAGUUACAAUGUUUACUAUAGGAUAUGGUGAUGUUCUUCCAUAAAGUAAUUUAGAAAGAAUUGUUUGUUGUUUAUUCAUUAUUAUGGCAAGUUUACAAUUACCUUAUAGUAUUAAUACAGUGGGAGCUAUCAUUUCAAAAAUUAGUGAAUAUGGAGAAGAUAAGAAACGUAAAUUGAGAAUCAUUAAUUCAUAUAUGCAAAAGAAAAGAAUUCCAUUUUAAUUAUAAAGUGAAAUUCGUCAAUAUUUAAAUUAUUAUUGGUAAUUAAAUAAAGAAAAAGAUGCAGAAGAAGCAGAAUAGAUGAUUAAUUAAUUAUCUGAAAAUUUAAAAGAAAGAUUAACUUAAGAAUCAAAUUCUGUUAUUCUAAAUUAAUGUGCUUUAUUUAGAUAUCGUUUUACACCUGCUUUCAAAAGAGAACUCAUUAAAUCAUUAAAAACUAAGAUAUUAGCACCUGAAACUAUUAUUGGAGAUAAGAAAGAGUUAGUGUAUAUAGAAUCUGGAAUUAUUGAUAUGUAUGGAGAUUAAUAAUGUAAUCUAAAAUUAUAAUCUUUCCAUACAAAUCAAACUAUAGGCCUUAUUCCAUUUAUAACUGGCAAAUUAUAACCAGAAACCUAUAAAAGUUAAGGCUUUUGUUUGGUUAUGACAUUAUCACAUAGAAAAUUUAAAGCAACUUUAAAAGAUUUCCCUAAUGAUUAUGAAAUCUAUUGUCAGAUGAAAGAUUAUUUAUUAUUUAAUGGAAAUGAAACUUCAAUCUUUCCAAGAAAAUGCUAUGCCUGUUAAAAUUUUACACAUUAUUCACAUGAAUGUCCAGUAGUGCAUUAUGUACCUGAUAGAGAAAAAAUAAUAAAAAAACACACGAUUUCAACAUUUUAAUAAAGAAAAUUAAUUCCACGUUAAGAAUAAAAGAGAGCUCGAUAUCCUUCUAGGAAAGUUACUUAAUAGUCUUUAAUAAAAGCUUCAUUUAUUGUACAAUAAGAGAAUUAAGAUAUUGUUUAAUAAUAUGAUAUUCCUUAAAUUGAAGAAGAAGAGUAUAAAAUAUAAAAUUUAGAUGCAUAUAAAAAUUUUAAGAGUAGAUCUAAGAAUAAUGAAGAGAAAAGGAAAGCAUUAAAGGCUAAAUUUAAACAUUUAGUUAAAAAGAUCACAUUUAUAGAUAAAUAUUAUCCUAAAUUUUUAAUGAUUGUGUUGAAGAAAUUUAGACAUAAUUAAAAUUAUUUUAGUCAAGAAUCAUAGCUGAAAUAAUUAAAAUUAAGAUAAGAACAUCUUAAAUAAUUAACAAAAGUGGAUCCUCAAUUACUCAAUGAUAUUGAUGAUAUUAUUAGGAUUAAUUCAGAUUACAAUAUAUGUUAAAAUAAUGAAUUUGAAAGUCCUAAAAAUUUCAUUCAUUAUAAUCCUAAAUUUAAUAUUAAUAAUAUUAAAUUAAAAAUAGAUAAAGCAAAAAUAAGAAUUGUGAAUGAAUUCCAAAGAUAUUGUUUGUAUCCAGCUCUUAUUAUGUAGAAAUUCCAUUCAACCAAAACAUCUUAAGAUUUAAUAACAUAUAAUAGAAGGAAGAAUGUAUUUUUAUGA